GGGGGGCUGGCCGAAGAUUCGCCUGCUGCGGGGACUGGAAGAAGGAAAAGCAACCAAGUGUCACCAUGAUUGAGGACAGUGCUGCUCCAACAUGGCCUCAGUGUGGGACUACCAUCCACAGCCGGCCCAGCACAGGGGCAGGAUGGGAAGGAUCCAGCCUGUGAAGUGGUCUCGGUUACCCACACAGGGUCAAUCAGCUGCUGCAGUUCAAAGCCCGCUGAAUGCCUGUGAGUUUGCUCCUCUCCCGAUCGCCCACGGGCCCUGCACGGUGUGGAGCUGCAGUCUCGCGGUGAACUAUGGAUCUUGAGAAGCUGGUCCACAUCGCUGACACCCUGGAGAAGAUUGUGUUGAGCUGCUUUGGGCCUGAUGGUGGUCAGGUGCUGUUUGUCCGAGACACCGGAGACAUCCAGAUCACGAAGGAUGGAUGCAGGAUAUUAGAGUCGCUGCUCCUGGACCACCCUGCUGCAAGGUUGAUGGUGCAGAGUGUGUCAGCUCACUGCAGGAGGUCGGGAGAUGGAGCCAAGUCCUUCAUCGUUCUGCUGGCUGCCAUGCUGCGGGGAGUCAGGGCCGAGAGCAGAGGCCGGGAACCUGCCUGCCAACGCUGGCUGGCCAAGGGGCUGGCCCAGCUGGAGCAGGAGGUGCUGGGGCCGGUCAUGGGGAGGCAGCUGGCCCCCCACUGCAUCCAGGCCCUCAGUCCCUGCGCCGGGCGCCUGCAGCUGAGGGCUGGGCCCGUCGCCCGGGUGCUCGAGGCCUACUUUGCAGGUAAGGUAGGCCCGACCCACAGCCUCCUCCUCACACAACUGGCCUGGGACUACCUGGGGCAGCUGGGAGGGGGGCAAGAAGAGCGGGGCCUGCGGCUGGAGGCUGACUGCUCCCCGGGCCUGCUGGUCACCGUGCCCGGCCUACCCGUAGGCAGCAGCCGGGUGCUGGCGGGGCUGCCCCUGAGCCGAGGCCUUGCCCUGCCCUGCGGCCGGGCGCAGGGACCGACCCUGGCGGUGGUGGUGGGGACCAGCCUGCUGCCCCCUCUGAGCCAGGCCGGGUCCACCCUGAGGCCGGAGGGGCCGGAGGGGCUCUCUAAGGCCCGGAGCUGGGCCCGGGCCCGGCUGGAGGAGACGCUGAGCCAGCUGCAGAGCCUGGGGGUGGGGCUGCUGCUGUCUGGGCCAAAGCAGCCGGACUGCGUCCUGGAGCAGGCCCGGAACCGCGGCCUGUCAGUGGUGCACUGCCUCCCAGACCAGGAGCUGGCCUUGCUCAGGAGGCUGAGUGGGGCAGAGGCGCACCACUGCCUGACGGGGCUCCGGGCAGCGGACACGCUCCUGGCCAGCUUCAUCAGGCCUAACCCCCUGGUCCCCCAGAGCCAGCUCCUGCUAGGGUUCCCCGGUCUUCAGGGCUGCCAGCCUCACUGCCUGCUAGUGUGUGCUCCCACCCUCGGGCUGGCUCAGCAGCUCCGAGACGCUCUCCACGGGGCCUUCACACUGCUCAGGCUCCUACUGCCUGGAACAACAACUCUGCAGGAAGGACAGGGGACCGGGGAACUGGGGAGAGAGAGGGAGGGACAGGGGACCGGGGAACGGGGGAGAGAGAGGGAGGGACAGGGGACCGGGGAACGGGGGAGAGAGAGGGAGGGACAGGGGACUCGGGGGUUUGGAAGGCAGGAACAGGGAACUGGGGAUCAGGAGGGACAGAGAGCCAGCCAGUGUACUGGGGAGUGUGAGCUAGCGAGUGAGAGACCGGGAAGUGGGCAGUGGGGAAAGGAGAGACAGAUGACUGGGCACCUGAUGAGAGAGAGUCAGGGGAAUGAGACAGGUGAGCUGGGAGCUGGCAAACAGGGAACAGCAGAGCUGCUCAGAACGGAGGAGGAGACAAAGUGUACGCAGGCAACUGGUGAAGGGGAGCACUCCCCAGCAGGAGGGCCGGGAGCUGGGCAGAGGGAGCGCUCCCCAGCAGGAGGGCCGGGAGCUGGGCAGAGGGAGCGCUCCCCAGCAGGAGGGCGGGGAGCUGGGCAGAGGGAGCGCUCCCCAGCAGGAGGGAUGGGAGCUGGGCAGAGGGAGCGCUCCCCAGCAGGAGGGCCGGGAGCUGGGCAGAGGGAGCGCUCCCCAGCAGGAGGGAUGGGAGCUGGGCAGAGGGAGCGCUCCCCAGCAGGAGGGCCGGGAGCUGGGCAGAGGGAGCGCUCCCCAGCAGGAGGGAUGGGAGCUGGGCAGAGGGAGCGCUCCCCAGCAGGAGGGAUGGGAGCUGGGCAGAGGGAGCCCUCCCCAGCAGGAGGGAUGGGAGCUGGGCAGAGGGAGCGCUCCCCAGCAGGAGGGAUGGGAGCUGGGCAGAGGGAGCACUCCCCAGCAGGAGGGAUGGGAGCUGGGCAGAGGGAGCCCUCCCCAGCAGGAGGGAUGGGAGCUGGGCAGAGGGAGUGCUCCCCAGCAGGAGGGAUGGGAGCUGGGCAGAGGGAGCGCUCCCCAGCAGGAGGGCCGGGAGCUGGGCAGAGGGAGCACUCCCCAGCAGGAGGGAUGGGAGCUGGGCAGAGGGAGCCCUCCCCAGCAGGAGGGAUGGGAGCUGGGCAGAGGGAGCCCUCCCCAGCAGGAGGGCCGGGAGCUGGGCAGAGUGCCUGUCAGCUCCCAGCUGGGAGUGUCCUGAGUACAGGGGGUACCUUUGAGCUGCUUGUACACUCCUACCUGCAGCGUGUGUCUGGCAGUCUGCCCCAGCCCAACACCAGGUUGGCAUGCAGGAUAGUUCUGAACGCACUGCUGAGUAUCCCCAGGCACCUGCAGCCCAGGGGAGACCGGGGAAGGGGCUGUCUCCAGGCUCAAGCUCACCUUGGAGCGGGUCUUCGGGGGCACGCAGUACCGCCGGAGGCUGAGGGACCCCUGGAAGUGGCGGUCGCCAAACAGCACCUCCUGAUCUCCGUCCUCCGGUGCCUGAGGAACCUACUCACCAUCGACUCCAUCAUCCCCGUCCACGGCAAACCCAGGCACAAGCUCCACGGAGACCGUGAGGACUCGGACUGAAACACAGGCUGGGCUGGUACCAGGGGAACUGCUCACUCUCUGUCCCCUGGGGGGUGGGUGGGGAGCCAGUCAGUGUCAGCUGUCUGUCCCUGGGGGGUGAGUGUGUGGGGUAACUUACCCACUUCACAGGGCCCAGACACACUCUCUCUCGCUGCACAGUGAGACACAGACUCAGCAUGACUGAGGAUUUUCAGUUUGUUGAUGACUUUAUUGUGUUUGGAUAAUAA